CCAAUCACAGCCAAUCACUGAUGAUCAGUGUGCCCUGUUGAUCAGUGUGGCCCCAGAAGUGUCACCUGUCAGUGUCCAUCAGUGCUGAACAGUGCCACAUAUCAAUGCCACAUAUCAGUGCCUACCAGUGCACAUUAAAUGCCACAUAUCAGUGCCCAUCUGAGCUGCCUUUUAGUGCCACUUGUCAGUGCUGUCAGUCAGUGCCGCCUAUCAGUGCUACCAGUCAGUGCCGCCUAACAGUGCCAGUCAGUGCCAUCUAUCAGUGCUGCCUUUCAGUGCCCAUCAGUGAUGCC